AUGGGGGCAUCACCUCCACGUCGAAUUGAUCACUUGCAGAUCAUCUUCCUCACCUUUGUAGUUAUGGAGCUGUGCAUUUGUAGCGGAAGCAACAACACUGGAGCUUGCAGGGAAGCAGAGAAGCAGGCGUUGUUGUGCUUCAAGGAGGAGGCAAAAGUUUCAACGGAUUGGGUUUAUGGAACUGAUUGUUGUACUGAUUGGGAAGGAGUCGUGUGCGACAAUAUGACUGGUCAUGUCAUUGAACUCCGUUUGUCAGAAUAUGUUGAGUUCGUUGAUUAUCCUCCUAAAGGUAAACUUAGUUCUUGUUUGCUUGAAUUGAAACAAUUACGUCAUCUUGAUCUUAGUGGUUCCUAUGGAGGUUUUACUGGGUCUCAUAUCCCUAGUUUCAUUGGAUUGUUUGCCAAUUUACAAUAUCUUGAUCUAUCCAACUUGGGAUUUCAAGGAACCAUUCCCCAUCAACUUGGAAACCUUUCGAGUUUGCAAACUUUACGUUUGUCAAAUGCGGGUCUCAAAGUUGACAGCCUUGACUGGUUAUUUAGUCUUUCAAAUUUACAGCUAUUGGAUUUGAGUUCUGUUAAUCUCAGCAUGGUUCAUAAUUGGCUAGAGGUGAUAAAUAUAUUUCCUUCCCUCCGUGAGCUUCAUUUAUCUGAAUGUGGUCUUCCUAAAUCAUCUUAUCAUCCCCUCGACCAUAACAGUUCUUCACUUGUAGUCCUUGAUCUUUCCGGGAAUGAAUUCCACUCUGUUAUUCCUAGAUGGAUAUUCAAUCUCAACUCUCUUCAUUUUCUUGAUUUAGCCACUGGUGGUUUUCAAGGUCCAAUCCCUAAUGGCCUUUGGAACUUGACAUCCUUGAGUUUUCUUGACCUCUCCACUAAUGAAUUGAGUGGUUCAUUACCCAGUCAGUUAUUUGAUCUUAAAUAUUUGGUAACUCUAGAAUUGAGUUAUAAUCAAUUUCAAGGUCAUUUGCCUACUGGUCUUUGGAACUUCACAUCUCUUAGUGUCUUUCACAUCUCCAAAAAUAACAUUAGUGGUUCAUUACCUAGUCAAUUCUUUAGCCUUAGUUACUUGACAUCUCUGAAUUUAAAUAACAACAAAUUUCAUGGUCAAUUUCCUAGUAGUCCUUGGAACUUGACUUCCCUUCAAACCUUGGAUGCUUCAAAUAACUACUUGAAUUCCCACAUUCCAAAUUGGAUUUAUGAUUGCACCAAUCUAGAAUCACUUUCUCUUGGAUACAAUCAAUUGCAAGGCAACAUUUCAAACUCCAUUUCCAACUUGACUUCUUUGUCUGGACUUGAACUCCCUGGAAAUAAUCUUACUGGAAAGGUACCAACACAAAUUGGGAAACUCAACAAGCUAGUACAGCUUGAUCUUUCAGAAAACAAGUUCUAUGGAUCCCUUCCUGAGAGUUUAGGAUCUUUGGUUUCAUUGACAUGGUUGACCAUUUCCAGUAACAUGUUGGAAGGAAUGGUGACAGAAAAUCACUUUGUUAAUCUCAACAUGUUAACAUAUUUAAGAGCAUCUGGAAAUAGAUUAACCUUGAAUGUUAGUCCAAACUGGAUGCCUCCCUUCCAACUUAGCCAAAUUGCAUUAAGUGGUUGGAAUUUGGGUUCUCAAUUUCCUGCUUGGCUAAAAUCUCAACAUAGUAUUGAGGAAGUGGACAUAUCUAAUACUGGAAUAAUGAGUGAGGUUCCAACUUGGUUCUGGAACUUAUCUUCUAAUAUUGAGACUAUUGAUCUUUCACACAACCAAUUGCGAGGUAAAAUUGAAGAUAUCCCAAUUCAACAACUCAAUGGGUGUCCAUGGCUACUAGUGUAUUUGGACUCUAACCAAUUUUAUGGUCCUUUACCUCGUAUUGCUAUCAACAUAACUGAGUUAGACUUGUCAAACAAUUCAUUCUCAGGAGAUGUCUCACAAUUUUUAUGUCAUGCACAAAAUGUGCCAUACAAGCUCAGAAUACUUCAUUUGGGAGGAAAUGAUUUAUCCGGAAAAAUUCCCACUUGUUGGAUGCAUUGGCCACACUUAUAUUUCAUAAAUAUGAAUGAAAACAAACUGAUUGGAAGCAUCCCAAAUUCCAUUGGGCUUUUGAGUAGGUUGAAAUCUUUGGACUUGCAUAAGAACAUGCUUUCUGGCCCUAUACCUACUUCACUACAAAACUGUACCCAUCUAUUGAAACUAGAUUUGGGUGAAAAUGGUUUCACAGGGAAGAUUCCAAGAUGGUUGGGUACAGGACUUUCAAAUUUGAUUGUCCUAAGGCUUCGAGUGAAUAAGUUUAAUGGUGAAUUGUUACCAGAGUUUUGUCAUCUCACAUUUCUUAAAAUUCUUGAUCUGGCUAAUAAUAAUUUUUCCGGUGAAUUACCUGGGUGCCUUGAUAAUAUCACUGCAAUGAUCCAUGAGACAAGAGAGAUUGAAGAUAAUGACUAUGAGAUGGAAUAUUCAGAUUUAGGGGGUUUUCUAGAAGAAAGUGCUUUAGUGGUAACAAAAGGGAAUGAGUACAUCUAUGGUGUCACCAUUUUAGUCAUGCUUGCAAGCAUAGAUCUCUCCUGUAACAACUUUUCGGGAAAAAUUCCAAUUGAAUUGAUCAAUCUUGUGAGAUUGAGAUCUUUGAAUCUAUCCAGAAACAGCUUAGUUGGAAAUAUCCCUAUGGAAAUAGGAAACUUGAAGUUAUUGGAAUCUUUUGAUCUUUCUAGAAAUCAAAUUUCAGGUAAAAUUCCUUCGAGUUUAUCAAGUAUAUCCACUCUUGAAGUUCUGGACUUGUCAUAUAACAACCUAUCUGGGAGGAUACCUUCAGGUACUCAACUUCAAGGUUUUAAUGCUUCAUGUUACAUUGGCAACCAUCUCUGCGGCCUUCCACUCUCACAAAAUUGUAGUGGAAUUCCAAAACAUGAAAAUAAAGGAGAUGAAGAUGAUGAUUCUGAAGUGGAUUGGUUUUACAUCAGCAUGGCUAUAGGAUUUGCAGUGGGUUUUUGGGUAACCUGUGGGUCUUUGUUUCUUGUAAGAUCUUGGAGGAUUGCAUAUUUUCAAUUUUUAGAUAACAAGUUCAACUCCUUUUUAGCAUGGGCACGUGCUUUGUGGGCUUAA